UUUCAGUAAGCUCAUGACGACAUAAAGAUGCAGAGCCUCUCGUUUUUGGUUUUUACAGCUUUCUGUCUGGUUGUCAGUGAUGCAGCGGAUCCGCCCAUCAAUGUCGAACCAGAUCAAUGGCACGACAAACCGUUCCUGCGAGAUAUCAACAUUCCCAACCAAGCGGAUGUAUAUAUGAAGACUGAUCUGGCGAUUGGAAGCGGCACAGAUUUGAGAAUCAACUAUAAUGAAAACAAUGGUGACUUUCAAAACAUGGGAUCUUUCGUAUUAAAAUUCUCAGAUCCACCAAAGUAUGGUUUCCUUUUGUGUACGGACUUUAAUAAGCCAAGUCAAGACCUUCCUGUUGAUUUGCCCGCUAAAGAUGAUGAUGGCUUUAGGAUCUUCAAAGUAGAAAUGCAUGGAAAAUAUGGUUUGAAGAUCAGUUGCAACGAUGAGAUGCUGAUCACUUUCGAACCUUCCGACGCAGUGUGCACGGGAUGGUCGUCUUUUUGGAGAGAUACGUGGGAAAAAAACAAAGAGGUGAUAAGCUUUUCCUUUGACAAAGGAGUAAGAAAGUACAAAAUCUCAAGUUCGGAAUCCGCAGUUGAUGGAGGAUAUAGUGCUUUUGGAGAUUGGUCUAAGUGCUCUGCUGAUUGUGACGGAGGCACCCAAACCAGAACCAGACAAUGUAACGACCCUGCUCCCAGUAAUGGUGGUAAAGAAUGUGAAGGAGACGAUUCCGAAACUCAAACAUGUAACGAAGACCCUUGUUCAGAUUUAUAUCACUGGAACGACAAACCGAUAAGGGGAGAUAUUGAACUUCCCAACCAAGCGGAUGUUUAUAUGAAAACUGAUCUGGCGAUUGGAAGUGGCAAAAAUUUGAUAAUCAACUAUAAAAACAAUGCCGGCGAAGGUUCAGGUGGUUUCAAAUUACUGUUCUUAAAUCCACCAAAGUAUGGUUUCCUUAAGUGUACGGAAUUACAGGACGCAAAUUUAGACCUUCCUGUUGAUUUGCCCGCUAAAGAUGAUGAUGGCAUUCGGAUCUUCAAAGUAGAAACGCACGGAACAAAUGGUUUGAAGAUCAGUUGCAACGAUGAGAUGCUGAUCACUUUCGAACCUUCCGACGCAGUGUGCACGGGAUGGUCGUCUUUUUGGAGAGAUACGUGGGAAAAAAACAAAGAGAUGAUAAACUUUUCCUUUGACGAAGGAGUAACAAAGUAUAGAACCUCAAAAAAAUCCGAAGUUGAUGGAGGAUAUAGUGCUUUUGGAGAUUGGUCUAAGUGCUCUGCUGAUUGUGACGGAGGCACCCAAACCAGAACCAGACAAUGUAACGACCCUGCUCCCAGUAAUGGUGGUAAAGAGUGUGAAGGAGACGAUUCAGAAACUCAAACAUGUAACGAAGACCCUUGCCCAGUUGAUGGAGGAUAUAGUGCUUUUGGAGAUUGGUCUAAGUGCUCUGCUGAUUGUGACGGAGGCACCCAAACCAGAACCAGACAAUGUAACGACCCUGCUCCCAGUAAUGGUGGUAAAGAAUGUGAAGGAGACGAUUCCGAAACUCAAACAUGUAACGAAGACCCUUGCCCAAUUGAUGGAGGAUACGGUGCUUUUGGAGAUUGGUCUAAGUGCUCUUCUGAUUGUGACGGAGGCACCCAAACCAGAACCAGACAAUGUAACGACCCUGCUCCCAGUAAUGGUGGUAAAGAAUGUGAAGGAGACGAUUCCGAAACUCAAACAUGUAACGAAGACCCUUGCACAGUUGAUGGAGGAUGGAGUGCUUUUGGAGAUUGGUCUAAGUACUGCUCUGCUGAUUGUGGCGGAGGCACCCAAACCAGAACCAGACAAUGUAACGACCCUGCUCCCAGUAAUGGUGGUAAAGAAUGUGAAGGAAACGAUUUCGAAACUCAAACAUGUAACAAAGACCCUUGCACAGAGACAGUAAACACUGCCAAUUUGCGAUCUAGAUCUGCUUUUCAAUACCUAGCUGCAGUAUUCGUUUGCUACAUGAUGCUCUUCUAGUUAUGCUUUGUAAGGAUGAUGGAGGAUGGUCGGACAUGUCCUUCGCAGCGAUAACAACAGCUCACCUGCAGAGCUUGCAUUACACUUUGAAGUAGAGAGUCAGAGUACUAAAAGGGUAGCGUAGGCAGACACCAGUCGAACUUACUUAGGACUAUUAAAUCUGAUUUAGGUAGUAUAGGAAGUAGGAACAUUCCAUUUGUAAAUACAGUCGAACUCGAUUUGUACAGUUUAAGACUUAUAGCCUCUGAUACUGAUAGAGCGGGAUGGAAGAAAUUUGUAUUACUUGUGUUUCAGUAUUUUUUUCCUGGCUACUUAUCAGAUCUUUAACUUAAAGACUUUAAGAUGUUCACUUAUGUUCUAUUUUUGAUUUGAAUAAAGUUAUAUAAUACAUAAUAUUAUCUAAUUUAUAUCAGGACGAACCGCACAAAAAUUUCCAGACUUUUAAAUUGCCAUUUUGCAUACUAGUUAGGGACCGUACAGACUACAGAGUGUCCAAUUAGAAGGUGUCAAUGUUCGCGAGCUUGAUCUUGUGGUACUUAAGGCUCUCAGCAGUGGUCACUUCUUAUUUAUAUUACUAUUAGCUAUGGACGAUAGCUAAUAAGUUACACUUUGACUUUUCUUUAGAUAUCUCUGUUAGUGUUUAAAUGUUGCAAUGGUCAAAUUGUCGAUGUACUU